AUCAGUUAGUUGAAACACCAAGCUGCCAGCAUUCAACCCAGAGGGAAGGGGGCAGGGAACCUAAACCCUAGUCAAUGAACCAAGAGAUUCUGCUCGUGAGGGUACUGGUCCCUGCUCCAAGCCUGUAGUUAUAGUCAUGUAUUUUGUCCUGAUAUGCACCUGUGAUCUGGCAGGUGGUGGGAGAACUAAGGGAAAUGAUCCCUGAAUGCUGUGGAGAUGGGGAGGAGGCAUCUGGAUGAGGAGGAUUACAGAAAAAAGAAAGAGAAGAAAGAAAUAUGGAAUAAGCCAAGGAAGAAAAAGGGACAUUUACUUAAUAUGUGGUGUCGAAAGGUUCACAGACCCAUCUCAAAGUGGAUCCUUCCUCCAGAUGCUCAAGGAAACUACCCACAGAGAGCCAGAUGUCUCCCACCCCCUUUGUUCAUUUCCAUCAUCAGCAUUCUCCAGGUGGUUAUUUUCCUUUACUACACCUUCUGGAAGCCUCAGGAACAGUGGAUCACCCUGGAAAGAGGCAUCUGGGAGAGUCCAUUCAUCUAUCGGCCGGACAAGAGGAAACAAGCUUGGAGGUUUAUCUCUUACAUGAUGGUACAUGCAGGGGUUCAACAUAUUUGUGGAAAUCUACUUAUGCAGCUUCUAUUGGGACUUCCCUUGGAAAUGGUUCAUAAAGGUCCUCGAGUGGGGCUGGUCUAUCUGUCAGGAGUGAUUGCAGGAUCUCUUGGAAGUUCCAUCUGGGACCCCUUCCAAGCUCUAGUGGGUGCUUCAGGAGGAGUCUAUGCUCUCACGGGAGGCUACUUUAUGAAUGUUUUAAUGAAUUUUAAAAACAUGGUUCCCUUGUUUGGACUUUUCAGACUAAUUCUCAUCUUGUUAACUGUUGUAUUUGACCUGGGAUUUGGCCUCUACAAAAAAUUCAUUGCUCCUGCAAGUGAGCCCCGGGUGUCCAUUGUAGCUCACAUUGCUGGUGGGUUGGCCGGGAUGACCAUAGGUUACACCGUGUUUAGCUGCUUUGAAAAGGAGUUGCUGAAAGAACGGAUGUUCUGGGUGGCAAUCAUUGCUUAUUUUGUUUGUGUUUCAUUUGCUGUGUUUUUCAACAUCUUUUUAUCACCAGUGGACUGAACUGCCCCUAAGAUAAGCCAAUAAAACAAAACAAAACAAAAACAAACAGAAAACCAAAA